AUGCGGAAGAUUGCGGUAACGUUGAUCUGUGUGUGGUACCCACAAAGUCCUAACUUCAACCACUUCUUAUCAAGAAACCAUUUUGUUUACCCUCCUAAUACAACACCAGCUGACCCGGGAACUACGCCUAAUGUUAUGACUUUAAGCGAGGAAGAUGAUAAACAAGCUGCGGAGAAAGGUAUCAAAAUUCCCAGUGAUGACUGUGUUAUAACUUGGGAUCAAUUUAAUGAACAUAUCAAAGACAGAGACUGGAUAAACGUGUAUGCAGUAAACAAUGAGCAAGUGACGGGUGAGCUCUUGAAAUAUUCUACAAUCUGGACGGUAGUGAGUGACACUGUCAUUCGAAGAAGAACUAGUUUCUGGGAUUCAAUUGUGAAGGGGUGUGUGUAUGGCGAUAAUACAUUUGCACGAAUUCACGAUUCACGAGCGAUUUUUGUAUCUCAAACCGGAAAUUUGGUCGCACUUCCAACUAGAAAUGACUAUUAUGUGAGCUCAAACCCAGAGAAAUACUUCUUCUAUUUUGUAUGUAUCGAUAAUACAGAAGUUGUUGAUGGUCGUUGCCCAUCUUCGAUUAUUUUAGUGAUGAUCAAAGAUCAAAGAGAAAAUGAUUUAAACGACAAGGGCGUGAGAGGUGGUCCUAUUAGGAUGAAUGAUAUUCCAUGGUCUGAGAUAGAAGCAGACUUACAAAGAUGUCACCGUCAGUCUUUUAUUGACGAUACAGAUCCUAAAGUUGUUUGGACUUGGCGAAAUGAAGAAUGUCCAAAACCGUGGACACCAGCCGCUGAACAGGGGAAAUAGGGCACUCAUAUCGGAAACAGAGCACUUAUAUCGGAUAUAGGACACUCGUAAUGGAAAAAGGGCACUAAUAUCCGAAAUAAGGCACUCUGAUGUACUAUUAGAACUUUAUUAAAUACAUAACU